CACCGCCAUCCAUGGAACAAGAGCGCAGCCUGCACGAGACGCUCGCCUCUGGCCUCGGCGGCGAGGUAACAGACCGGGUGCUAUUCUCGGGCUCCGCGCGCCCCCUAUGGCUCCUCAAGCCGCUCCCGAUCCCCGCGCACAAUGUGCAGCCGCGCGGCGCCACGCUCGCAGGGAUGUGUAUGAACAUCGUCAGCGCGAACUUUGACGCGUUCCGCCCCGGCGACUUGCGCAUCCCCCCGCUCCUCUUUCGCCGCCUCAUGGCCGUGGUCAACCACGACAGGUGGUACUCGGAAGCGAAGAGCUACGAGCGGCCAGACGAGGCGACGCUGUGGGGCUUCACGGCCGUGCACGACCCCGAGGGCGCCGCGCGCUGGGUGCCCUCGCACACGGUCGCGUUGCCGUGCGUCAACACGCUGCAUAAUCUCGCGACGUCGACGACGCGCACGGAGGACCAGGAACACCCGCUCGUCAGCCUCCCGCGUACAUUCCACUCGCUCAACCCGGGGUACGCCCUCCUCACGAGUCUGACGCUGGACGGCAGCGUCGACGACGCGGGCAUCCAGUCGCUACGGUGGGCGGAUAGCCUCACUGUCCUUUGGAUUCGUAACAACGGGAAGAUUACCGAUGACGGGAUCCGCAUGCUCGCUGCCUCGCUCGAGCUCUCGGAGUGGGAGGAGGGGCGGGGCUGCUGGCGCCUCCGCGCGCUCUAUCUCCCCGGAUGCCGCCGCAUCGGAGACAAGAGCAUGAAAGCGCUGGCGCGCUGGCCCGGGCUCAGCGUGCUCGAUGUGCGGGACACGAGCUGCACCGAAGUCGCAUUGCAAGUCGUCAACAGGGCCAGCGCGGGCUUCUUCGAUGACCAGCCGCCAUUCCAGCGCUGCACCGAAGGGCUGAGGGAGCUCUUCUUGACGACGUACGAUCCCGAGGAGGUGCUCGACAAUCUCACCGCGACGCUGCUCAAGCCCGACAUUCCUACAAGCACCGACGAGAACACAGAAGAAGAGAAGAGGCGGCAUCUCUCACUGCACGUAAUUCCCGGGUCCACGCCAGCCCCCGAAUACCUGCACGACGCGUACCGCCCCCAGUGGUCCGCGGAGCUUAAGACGACGGGGCGCGGCCACUUUGUGGCCGGCGGCACGGGCACGGUGUGGGGCCGCAACGCGGCACACGUGAACGACCACGAAGCCGAGCGGCGGCGGCACGCGGUGGGGUGGGCGCUGAACUUCCAAGCGCACGAAGAGGCGCAAGACCGCGCAAAGGCCGUGGGGCGGCGCGCGCCCAAGAGCUGGUGGGAGAAGGAGGCGGAGCAGGUCAAGAAGGCGCGGCGCGAGUUCUACGAGGGCGUGCGGCGCGCGCACGGCUACCGCGCCGCGGCCGAGUCGAGCCACGUCGCCGGCCGCGCGUACUAUCCCCAGAAGCGCGAGGCCGAGCCCGUCGACCGCGAGGUGCGCGGCAUGCCGGAUCUUAUGCUGGUGCGCCUCGUGCACCCGCAGUGGACGCAGCUGCGGUAUCGCAGGGCGGAGGUGGUCGCGCAGCCGACGGUGCGGCGGCGCGCGGCGGGCCGCGAUGAGCUCGCUGACAUGCUCGUGUCGAUUGACGCGCCGCCGUCGCAGUCGCAGUCGCAGUCGCAGUCGCAGUCGCAAUCGCAGCCGCCAUUGUGCUCGCAGGAGAGCUCGCAGAGUCCGCCACGCUCGCAGGAUGCCAAGAAGAGGCCGUGGAUUACACGCGCGCCACCCGCCUCUCUUCCUCCAAGCAGCCAGGGGAGCCAGGCCAAGCGCAACCCGUUCGCAGCCAAGCCGGCGCCGCGAACAGCAUCCGGCGUACUCAAGCUGCCGCCGGCACAGGCAUCGACAGAGCCGAAACCCCCCGCAUCCGUCAAAGCUGGUGCGAAGAGGGAUCCGCUCGCGUUCUUGGACAAGGGGAAGGGCAAGGCGGACACCGAACGCAACGUGUCGGCACGGAGAGACCCCCUCGCCUUCGUCAAAGCGACGCCGAGGGCGACAGAGCCCCCCACCUCAUCCGCGAGGGGAACGGUGUCUACAACGCUCAAGCCUACGCCCACGCCAGCGCCAGCGCCAGCGCCCGCACCCAAGCUGUCCAUCGCGAAACGACACGCCGCACCAGCCGGCCCACCGCCCAAACGCACACUCACAGAUUUCUUCGCUCCCAAGUAACUUCGAGCCAUCGCCUUCUGCCGGAUCUAGUGGAAUCCCAUGUAUGUAGCAUGUUGUAUGCAGUUCUCCC